CGCAAUUAUAAUUGGCCGAACAUGGCCGACGACGUGCGCAAGUACGUGUCCUCCUGCACCGCCUGCCAGAUCAUGAAAUAAUCCCAUCAGCGAGCAGCCGGACUACUACAGCCGUUGGAUCCGCCCGAGCGACCCUGGCAACACUUCACGAUGGACUACAUGUCAGGACUGCCGGCUGGUCCAGCAGAAACAACGCCAUCCUCGUGGUCGUUGACCGACUCACGAAAAUGGCGCACUUCAUUGCCUGCCAACAGAAAAUUACAGCUGAGCAAACUGCUCAACUGUUCAUCGCCAACGUCAUUCGACUGCACGGACUGCCUACCGCCAUUAUUUCAGACCGAGACCCGAAAUUCACAUCGAAUUUCUGGCACCACCUGUGGGACCAAUUCGGCACCAAACUACAGCUGGAAUGAGAAUGAAUGACUAGAAAGAUG